AUGAAAGUAGGUACGUUACUUUUACUUAUUGCGUUGACAUAUCUUUGGCCAGGGGGUAGUCACUGCCUGCCGGCCGGGUGCAAAAUCAGAAAGCGAAAGGUGCCUUUCCUUAGCACAACCGUAGACUGUAAGUACCAGGGUCUCACCACGUUCCCUCACGACAUACCGCCGAACGCCGAUCGGGCGGACCUUUUGUACAACGCCAUCAGAACCGUGACUUCACUGCCGUACCUCCCCCAGCUGUAUUCCCUGGAUCUCAGCGACAACUCAAUCGAGACUAUAGUCUGGGAAACUCUCUGUAAUCUGCCUGCUCUGGGGGUUCUCUACCUCCGUCGUAACCGGCUGCAGUAUGUACAGCUGAGCACCGUAAUCGACCAUCUCCCAAAGCUGAGGCAGGUAUAUCUUUCCAACAACAAGAUCGUGUCCUGUUCUUUGUACGAUGUAGGGUGGCCACACGUCACCACAGCAUUCUUUAGAUGGAACCCAGCUCCUUGUGACUGUCUCUACACGGGCGGCCUGCCCGUUGAAACCUGCAUGGACAGGGGACAGGUCAACACCCGCUGUUCGUCAUGUUCAGUCUGCUACUUCGUCUCCGGUCGAAGACGCGAAGAUCUCUACUGCAAGAGCCCGGACAAAACGAGCCAGCUUUCGUCAGCAAACGUCUCUACCUACCUUGCAGAAUGUGAACGUCGAAUGUCUAUGACAAGAGCUGCAACUACAGAAAUGGAUACGACAAGAGCUAUAACUACAGCAGAAGCUCAAUGCACACUGCAAGGCCAUGGGAUGGACACGUCUAUUAGCAACGAUAAACUAAACCCAUUACACCUUACCAGAAAAGCUACUUCUACUACUGCUACCGUGUCAGUGAAGACGGAUGCCUUCACCAAUGCUUCGCACCCCAGCACCACAAAAAUAUCCCACAACAAAUACAGCUCUGCAACCGUACCAACACAAGCUACACAGACCGGCAUCAAAAAGUCUUCACCUAGUCCCAAAGUCUCCAAGGACCAAGAACUUCCGAUUCCUGUUUACGUCUCCAUCGUCGCGUUUGAAUGCUUGUUGGCUUUGUUGUUCAUUUCAUGUUUCUUUCGACUACUGAUGAAGAAAAGGAGCAAGAUGGGGUGCAAUCGUUGUCAAGAAGUCAACGUGGGACGUCCCUCCAUCCCUCUGCAACAAAUCUUUCCACCAGUGCCCCAAAGCAGCAUUCAGCCUACUGGAGGUUUCGAUCACGAGGGUCUAGCUGUUCCAGAUGGUGAUCAGCACACAACGGAAUCUGAGCACGACCACAGUACUAGCGGGCCUCCAUCUACAACAGCUGCACCGUGUGGCCUGUAUGCACCGCCAACUGAUGCAGACUCAGCAAACGGAAUUGCUUAUACAGACAGGCCUUCGCAGACCACAUCCCGCAUGAGGUCCAAACAGGGCCAUAAGCAGGAGUACACACUAUUCAUAUUCAAGCAGCAAGUCUCAGACAAUUAA